CUCCAGUUCUCAACUGAGCUAUCCAAAGACCUUUUUAUAUUCCAGCGUGGGCCUUCUUGUCUUUCAGUCUCAGAAUCUGCACGCUAAUGUUUGCUCUUCAUUGUCUCUAUUUUCUAUUCAGACAAAUCCCGUCAGAAUCCACCCCGCCCCUAAGCCCUCCCAGGGUCACCACGGACUGUCACUCCCACGCCCCGAGAUUCCCGUCUUGACCCUCACCCCCCGCCUCACGUCCCUGAGUCCCGGCUACUUUGUGUCCUCCACGCUGCGCCCCACUCGUCUUUGUCCUGUUUGUCUUGCUGGUGGAGGAAGACCGCCAAAUCCUUCCUCCCAGUGUUGUGAACUUGGAAGUGCAGCGAAGAACUGUGCCUCACUCCCUGCGACCCUGGGCAAAUCGCGCAGGCUGUCUGGGACUCUCUUCUCCUAUAUUACCGGGUGUGGAAGUGCUUUGUAAACUGCAGGCCCCCACAAGCAACACAGGCGCUCUUUUGUUGGUGCCCUAGAACAUUCUUAUCAGGGCAACCUUUCUGGUUCUGCCGCCUCGUUGCUCAAUCCCGUCCCUCGAGCUCUUGAUGUCUUCAUCUAAGACCAGGUUGUUGCUUCACUUCCUCCAGAGACCAAAGAUCAGACAGUCACCCGGGCCAUAGCCUCCAGAGAGCUUUGUCAGAAAGGAGGCCCAAGAGGGGUGCUUGUCUUGGACUCUGGCCUGAAAUAGCCGGUGAUGAAAAAGUCCACAGGGCUGGCAGAGAGACAGAGCUGCUCGCUAGAAGCAGGACUCCAGCAGGACAGCGCUGCAAUGAAAGGCCCGUCCUUUGCCUUUGGGCUCUUCUGGGCCUCUUUAGUGGACUUUGCCCGCAAGUUCAGGACACCCAGGCUGUAGUCCAGCUGAUGAGAUGGGGAGCAGCCAGUCCAUGUGCUUUCCACCCAUCUCGGGACCCCACCAUGUUGGCUGCACAGAUGUGAUGGAGGGUCAGAGUCUUGAGGGUAGCCUCUUCCGACUCUUCUACCCCUGCCAAGCAUCAGAGACGUGUGAGCAGCCCCUGUGGAUUCCCCGCUAUGAGUACUGCUUGGGCCUGGCUGACUACCUGCAGUAUAACAAGCGAUGGGUGGGGUCGCUCUUCAACCUGGGGUUGGGAUCUUGUCGCUUGCCUGUUAGCUGGAAUGGCCCCUUUAAGACAAAGGAAUCUGGAUACCCCUUGAUCAUCUUGUCCCAUGGCCUGGGAGGCUUCAGGGCGGUGUACUCAGCCUUCAGCAUGGAGCUGGCCUCGCGUGGCUUUGUGGUGGCUGUGGUGGAGCACAGGGACCAGUCAGCUUCGACCACCUACUUCUGCAAGCAGACCCCACAAGAGAGCCAGCCCACUGAAUCCCUGGAGGAGGAAUGGAUCCCUUUCCGUCGAAUCAAGGAAGGGGAGAAGGAAUUCCACGUUAGGAAUCCCCAGGUGCAUCAGCGAGUGAGAGAGUGUAUGAGGGUGCUGCGGAUCCUGCAGGAUGCCUCGGCUGGGAAGACUGUCCUCAAUGUCUUCCCCGGUGGAUUGGACCUGAUGACCUUGAAGGACGGCAUCGACAGGAGCCGGGUGGCUGUGAUGGGACAUUCGUUUGGAGGAGCUACAGCUGUUCUUGCCCUGGCCCAGGAAGUCCAGUUUCGGUGUGCUGUGGCCCUGGAUGCUUGGAUGUUCCCUCUGGAACAUGACUUUUACCCCAAGGCCCGGGGUCCUGUGUUCUUCAUCAAUGCUGAGAAAUUCCAGACAGUGGAAAGCAUCAACCUGAUGAAGAAGAUAUGUGCCCAGCAUGAGCAGUCCAGGAUUGUGACUGUCCUCGGAGCUGUUCAUCGGAGUCAAACUGACUUUGCUUUCGUGACUGGCAACCUGAUUGCUAAAUUCUUUUCCAAUCACUCCCGUGGGACCUUGGACCCUUAUGAAGGUCAGGAGAUUAUGGUGCAGGCCAUAUUGGCGUUCCUGCAGAAGCACCUUGACCUGAAGGAGCACUACGAUCAAUGGAGCAGCUUCGUCGAGGGCAUCGGGCCGGCGCUCAUCCGAGGGGCCCCACACCAUCUGUCCAGUCUGUAGGCACAACCGGCCAUGUGUAGGUCGCUUGAGCUACGUGUCCACAUAGGAGCUGCCCAGGGAUACUUGUAACCUAGUGGCGGGAUCCUUUUUCUCAGAUUGAGGGUAUAUAAUCAGAGUGCUGAUUGGGCAGCUGGGCCCUUUGCUCUUGGAAUCGUUGAUCUUAAACACACCUCAGAGCAGAAUCGGAUCACUGGCUGAUUGGGAAGCUGAAUUGGUUUUAAUCUUUUUUUUUUUUUUUUUUUUUUU